UACACUUUAAGCUGAAACGUGGACAAGUUGACAUUCAAGAAUAACAAGACUUUGAACUUGAUUUUGUGCACAUGUGUUUAUUGAUAGUUACUUAUAAUAUUUAUACCGUUAAUCUAAUUAGUAAAAAUGGAAGGAACGAAAACAGUUGUUAAAGUUGGAUCAAGAAAAAGCCAGCUGGCUCUUAUUCAAACCAACACUAUCAUUGCUAAAUUGAAGGAGAUACAUUCCAACUACGAGUUUGAAGUCGUUUCUAUGACAACAACAGGGGACAAAAUAUUAGAUUCAGCUCUUUCAAAGAUUGGAGCUAAGGAUUUGUUUACACGGGAGCUGGAGCUGGCCCUGGAGAAAGGAGAUGUUGAUUUUGUCGUCCAUUCCUUGAAGGAUCUUCCCACGAGGAUUGUGGAUAGUCUUGUCAUUGGCUGUGUAUACAAACGUGACAGUGAGUAUGAUGCAGUUGUGAUGCACCCCAAACACAAGGGCAAGAAACUGGAUGACCUAGAUGAAAACAGUGUGAUUGGCACAAGCUCUCUUCGAAGGGCUGCUCAGCUGGCUAGAAGAUUUCCAACAUUUAAGUUUGAAAAUAUUAGAGGUAACCUAAACACACGGUUGAAGAAGCUAGAUGAGGAUAAUAAAUAUGAUGCCAUCAUACUGGCCGAGGCGGGGCUUGUACGCAUGGGCUGGAAUGACAGAAUUGCACAGGUCCUCACACCUUCUGAGUGCAUGUAUGCAGUAAGCCAAGGAGCAAUGGCAGUGGAGUGUCGGGCGGGGGAUGAGAAAACCCUUGCCCUAUUGUCCCCAAUCCAUGACCAGGACACCGCCCUACAGUGCAUUGCUGAGAGGGCUUUCCUAAAACAGCUGGAGGGAGGCUGUAGUGUUCCAGUUUGUGUGUGUUCAACCCUGACAGACUCACAGAUUUCGUUAAAAGGUGGAGUGUACAGUAUAGAUGGUAAACAGAGUGUUAUAGACACUGUUACCAAGACGUUUCCAGAGGAACCGGCCGCUAAGAAGAAGGCAACCAAUGGGCACACAUUUUCUGCUAUUGUCCAUGGCAACAUAGAGCUGGUACUGUGCCAGACCGCUGAGGCUGCUGGGAUGGAGCUCGCAAACCGUCUCCUAGUAACCGAAGCAGCAGACAUUCUGGCGGAGGCGAAGAGGCAGACAGCAGAGGCUGUGAUCGCGGAACAGAAGAGAAAAGAGCAAGAAGCUGUAGAAAAAGCAAAAAUGGCAGAAACUGCGUCAUCCUAGAUUUCAUAUUUAAUUUAGAUUGUCUUUCCUUUGUUAUGUGUUCAUGUUUUUAAGAUAUAAGUAUUUAUUUUGAGACAUGAUUUUGCAACUACUGCAUUACAUAUUAUAUUUUAUCACUCAUAUAUCAUUAUUAUUAGGUUAUCAUAUUGGAAAGCAGGAAUUGGUGAAAGUUUGAGUGAUAGGUAAGAUUAUGAUUCCCAGGUGUCAAUUAUCAAAACUACUUGGCAGACAAACUAUUCUUGCACUUUUACAUGUUUUUCAGAAAAUUAUUAUUUAUUUUUCCGAAAGCAUGUUUAGCUACAAAAGUCCCUACCAUAACAAAUUCUGGGAAGUAGAGAAUUUCUUUACUUUCUUGGAUUUAAUUUCUUUAACACUACAGAAGUAGCAAGGCUAUGGUUAUUCCACAGGUGAAUAGUAAGAAGGUUUCAGAACAUAUUGUUUGUUACAGUGUAAGAUCGUAAUAGAUUUCACCAAGCGAGCACCAACAGCUUUAUUUCAUGAGUGACAUAGCCAUUAGUGAAUUAUUUACUUUUGGCAUAUAUGAGGUGAUAUAUAUUGUGAUCUUACACUGAAAUAAACAAUUUUUCUUUUUAAUUAUAUUCCUGAAAAGGAUUUUAAAUGACAGUUUAAUUGAAGAUUUUCAUAAAAGCGUGCCAAAUUAAAUGUGAACGUAAUAUCAUUUCAGAAAAGACGUUAUUGAAUAUGUGUCCCAGCCCUUUGAACGCUGAUUUUUGAUAUGGAAUUGAGAGGGGGCUAAAAUUUCAAAACAGUGAAAAAUAUCAAAAUGUUAUUUCACUGUUUAAAACAGUGAAAUAUCAUUUUUAUUUCAUGGAUAGUUCUCUAUAAGCCACCAGAAAGCAUAUAAUAAUGUAUUCUAAUAUAUACUUCUUCAAUGCUGUAUUUUAAGAAUGUUGUUGUUUUUAAAUUAUUGCUUUUUAAUAAUUUUAUUGUUGAGUAGUACAUAGGUUUUAUCCAAUACUCGCCAAUAUAUGCACACUUUUAUUAACAUAUCAUAAUGCCAUUAUUUUGUUUUGAUAAUUAUUAUAAAAAAAGCAAAAAAAAAAAAAAUAUUUUUAGAAAAUGACUGAUCGAGGUCCCCAUGUGGACUUUACAGCUGUUUGUAUAUUCAUCUGCCAUUCCCUUGCAUGUUUAAUUAGACAUUUUCAUUCCCAACUAUUUAUAGCAUUAUAUCAUACCAAAAACAUUAAAAAAAUUAUUAGGUGCUAUUCCAUUGUCUUAUUAUGAAUGAAUGGCUGAAAUGUACAUUGUUUAAUGACUCAGUGUGUUACAUAUAAUAAUAUGCGAUCAUAUCCCUCAUAUUAUAGGUCAAAGCCAGCUGAAUUAGAUGCAUUUUUUGUUGACUUUUUUAUCUGAAUAUAAAUUUAUAUGAUCAUAAUUCAUUUUCAACACACCAAUUAAAUGUGCUCAGUGUUCUAAAUCAAAAUAUUUUAUAUUUUAUUUUUUCUCAACCACUUGACAGCUGAUUUUUUGUUCAUGUAUACAGCUGGCAUGUUUUAUGUAUAUUUUCCACUUGUUGGAAAACAUUUGAUAAUUCAUACUUUAUUAAGGAUAUUGAAUAUUUUAGCAUUGUGGAUCAACGCUGAAUAAAAACAUUUGGUCAGUCCAUUGUUAUUAUAGUGCAAAGGUUUAUGAUUAUCCCUCACUGACCAAAUAUCCUCAUAGACAGAUGAACUACAGUUCUAAAAUAUUCAGUGUUUAUAUCUCGUAAUUCACAACAUUCACUGGGGUCAUCCAACUAUAACGCUGAAAAAUAAAAUGAUAUAAAUUCAGUUGUUUGAACAGCACAAAGGUGAAAUGUAUAGUGAUCUUGCACUGAAAUAAACAAUUGUUCUAUUUAUUAUACGCAGAAAAGUGGUAUUCUAGGAUAUUGAACUGCAUUUAAUUAGAAAAAUGUGCCAAACUGUAUGCACACAAAGCAUCAUUUUAAAAAUGAUGUUGAUAUUGUGUCCAAGUCCUGUGCGCACUGAUGUUCAUUUGGAUAGCAGAUUUUGCUAAAUUUUCAAAACAGUGGAAAUUAUUAAUUAUAUAUUUUCACUGUUCUAAGCAGUGAAAUACCAUUUUUCAUUUCACAAAUAAAUCUCUGUAAACCACCAGGAUGCAUAUAAUAAAUGGUUAUUCAUGCAAUAUAUCAUAAUGUAUUGAUAUACAAUUGGGUUGGGCCACACGUCUAAACACCAUUAGAAGCUGCCCUCCUCGAUGUUUGUUAAAGCUGCACUCUCACAGAUUGGACGUUUUGACAACUUUUUUUUUUUUGUCCUGGAACAAGCCAAUUUUUACGAAAAUCCAUGGAAACCAAUGAUAAAAGACUGCUGACAAAAGUUCACAACGCAGAUUUUUAUAUUUAAGUUCAAAAAUUAAUGUUUUAUGCAUUUUUUCUUAAACUGUUAGUAACGGUUUAAGCCAUAAAACAUUAAUUUUCGAACGGAAAUAUGAAAAUCUACGAUCUGAUUUUUUGUCAGCAGUUUUAUAUCACUGGUUUGCAGAUAUUUAUGUAAAUAUUUGCUCUUUCCAAGACAAAAAAAAUAAAAAAGUUGUAAAAAUGGUAAAUCUGUGAGAGUGCACCUUUAAAGUAUGUUAUUAAAUGCAUGUAUUAUCAAAUGCAGUGUUUAUAGUACACUUAUUGAAAUAAUGUAUAAUUGUACAAUUGUACCAUCAAUAAACCCAUCUGUGUAAGAACAUGAUUAUAGACCAUAGUUUGUGAUAAAUAUGGAUGGUUUAUUGAGAAUUAUCAAUACCAAUUAUCAAUACCAAUUUGGCAAUUUUUGUUAAAAAAAUUGUUCAUGUUUUGCUGUUUAACUUAAAUAUUCCUUGGUACAUGUAUGAACUUUUAAAUUUAAACUUUUCUAGAUUGUAUAUAUAUAUGUGUAGAUUUAUUGUUAAACAGUUGACAUAUUGUUAAGCAGAUUAUUUAUAGUUAACAUCAAACAUAAUUGUCAGUUGUUAAAUAUCAAAUAAAACUAUUAAACAAUUUUUGUUGAUGUUUCAGUUUCAUAUUAAGUUACCUGUUAAUUCUGAAUGUGCGGAAUCUUAGAACUACACCAAUGCAUGGAAGAUUUACAGGGGUUCUUAGUUCAGGAAUAAUCCUGAAAUCAUGGUUUAGACCUUCUUACUUAAAACCAUUGUACAGAGCUUUUUAAACUCAGGAUUACCUAAUCCUGAAAUCAGGGUUGAGCUUUUAACUUCACCCAUAUAUGAAU